CGUGACGUUAAGUGAGAUAGUAGUGGUGGUAGCUUUACAAAUGUUUAUAGCUGGUGAACUAAGACGCCUUAAAGGGGGUCUCCAGAAACUUCUACUCUCUGAUAUGGGAGCGUCACGUGACGUAAACGGAGAUAGUAGGUGUGGUAUCUUUAGAACAGUUACUAGUUGGUGAACUAAAACGCCUUAAAGUACAUAGGUCUGCAUGACAACGGGAGCGACAGGUGCGGAAGAGUGAAUAGGAGUUAUUACAGGGACAUAUGUCGAUCACAGGGACAAGAUGUCCACUACCAAACAGCAUCAGGCGUGCAGACGUAGCUAUUUGGAGGUCAGGACCGACCAGGUGAUGUCUACACGAUCGGGAAAGACACAAAACAAAGUGUGGCGCAGAAGCUCGGAGGGCAGGAUAUACGGAGAAUUCACGCACCCUGGAAUUGGAGAGUUGCAGCCCAGAGUAUGGAAGAGAGAGUUGAAGUCGAACAAUCAUAACGGCGGUUCACCCUCUGGAUCCGCAGCGUCAGAACUCGGAGAGGGGCAAAGUGGCUCAAGGGAUCAGAUCUACAAGAAGGUUGCAUUUCCCAGAUCUAGAGUUUUGCAACACGAAAUGGGCAGAAGCGGCUCAGAGUAUAGCACAGUCCGGGAGGGUGCUCACACUGGACCUGGAUCGUCACAGCUCAGACUAGUGCGAAGUGUCUCGGAGAAUAGGGCACACAAGGGUGGCGCGAGCCCCUGCUCUGGAGCGUCGCAUGACAGACUGAGGCAAAGCGGCUUAGAGGACAGUAAAGUUGUGGGUGGAGGCAAAGUGCCGAAUACAUACAUGGGAUGGGUGAAUGCGGCAGUAGUGGUGAAGCUACUGGCUCAACUCUUUGAAGGCUACGUGGACACAAAAAAGGCGUCAGACCUAUUGCAGGUAUGUAAGCCUGAGUUCCUGCAGGAGCUCAAGGAAUUCAUCCACACUGCUUCACCGGAUACAGCUUUUUUGAGCAACUUCGCAACCUUCUGCUUCAGCGCCUUUAUCUCUCUACCGAGCAGCGUAUGCGUUCAGUUCGAGCACACGCUAAUGGCUUCCCUUUCGGCGGUGGAGAAGUCUGAGAAUGUUUUACUUAAGGACCGAUUCGCUAGGCUGCGGGAGAAACUGACUGAACACGUCUGCAGGAAGCAAGAAUUGGACGUCAGGAUGACCUUUCAGAACUUCCGAUUUGUACCUGUGUUGCCGGUACGGGCGGAUGAAUUUUUCUUAUCACCGGAUGGGACAGUUGCUGUAGAAUCCAGUGCAGAGCAGAGAUACUUGUCGGAGUUAUUCUUUUCCCAGUAUGAAGCCUUCAUAGGCCGUAUUCGCGACGGCAUCAGGAAUUUUCGAGACACGGAGGGCACGUCACUUCGGCUGCCAAGUGUGAUGCACUUCUACAGGGGAGUGAAGUUCUUGAGACCAGUUGUUUUGAACGAUCGCCUGUGUCUGGUUACGAGCCUCACCUCUGUGGGCUGUCACAGUACUGGAACACUAGUCUGCUUCAGUUGCGAUGGCUUUCGAUCACUUCUUUUCGGCAUUGUUGAGUGUGCCGACAGCUGCUUCGCUGUGCGACCGUGUGGAGAGAUGCAGCAAAUAACUAAGCAGUUGUUCGAGCAUGAGUACGUGAUGGCCGUGAGUGGGCUUUGUGCACAACCUUCGGUCAGCGUGCUGUUAGCACUCCAGCAGUUAAAGGCGGUGCCCUUGCGGAAGUUUCUAGUAGAAGGCGUGCAAAUACCUGGCCGCAAACAGUGUAUACAGGGGCAGUCGGACCUGGACCCAUGGCAGCGUGAGGCCCUUGGUCAUGCCCUCGCCCAGGAUGUAUGUCUGGUACUAGGUCCCCCUGGUUCGGGAAAGACGCGUGUUGCUUGCACAGUAGCUCGUAAUUCGAGGUUCCCAGUCCUCGUAUUGUGCGAAUCUCGCAGUGGACUGGAUAUUAUCCUGCGGCACAUGGCACCCCUCAGCGUCGCAUGUCUCAGCGACAGGACAAACCAUCAGCGUAACCAGCAGAGGAGGGAGAUAUGGGCACGAAGGAGGGAUGUACUGGUGGACCUUAGGAAGUUGGAACUUGAUUUAGCCCUGCUGGCCAGAAAGGAUGGCGUGGUAGCGCUGUCAUCGCUCCGGGAGGGCGGUGUGGUAUGCGAUGCCCACUACAGUAGUUUCCUGCGCCAGCCAGACACCAACAGCGUUUUCUACAGUUGGCUUGUAGAGGAGGCGAGCCCCCCUAACGCGCCUCUUCCAUAUCGUGGCCUUGUCCCGUUCUGUGACGACACCCCCCACACUAAAGACACCUUGUCCACUAUCCAUCCCUCACUAAAGUGGGCAGAACGAUUGGAAAACGUGGAAAAAAAGCGCUCUGAGAUGAACACUAAUAUCAGCAGUUUGCAGGAGCGGUGGGGGCGCGGAGAGGAUGUGAUACAAGAGAUUAAUGGUCAGAAAGCGUUAUACCGACUUCAAGCUUUUAAGUUGAAGCGGCUCAGAACACGGUUGGCAGAGACUUUGCCGAGCGAUGGAUUGAGAAACUGCUCUGAUGUAUGGAAACUGAGACCGGUUGGACGCUGGGGACUGUACAUUGCAUGGGUGGUAGCACUGCGCGCACGGCUGUUGGAGAGGUUGACACAUCUGCAGGACAAGCUUGCAGUGGAAGACAGGAAUCUUGAAAUAGUAGAUCAGUGUAUAGACCUCGAGAAUGCUCAACAGGUGGCGGUAGUUGGAGCAACAGCAGAGGAGGCCACAAGGUUGAGUUCCUUACUGGACAAGCUGGCGCCCAAGACGGUGAUUGUGGAUGAGGCUACGAAUAUCACAGAGGCUCAGCUAGUGACAUGCCUCCCACAGUCUUGCCAAAACCUUGUGUUACUAGGAGAACCAGGCCCUUUUCAGGAUACUGUAAGUUGUCAGAAGGGGCAGUCGGCCCACUUGCGCAGUCUGGUUCACAGACUGGUUGAAAAAGGGAUGGCUGCCUCUGAACUGAAGUCGCAACACCGCAUGCAGCCACAGGUUGCAGAACCCAUCAUGUCAGCACUGUAUCCUGUUCUGGAGAGCUGCAACAGUACUACUAAUGUGUGUACAGUAAAAGGUGUCAGCCAGAACGUGUUCUUUAUCACCCAUGAGCAUCUGGCCGAAAAGGUUGGCAAUGCAAGUGAUUACCAGAACUUACAUGAGGCCACCUUCAUGUUGGCAUUUUGUUGCCAUUUGCUGUUGCAAGGCUACAGUGCACAGGACAUUGCAAUUAUCACAACAUACCCCAGCCAACAACACUAUCUGCAAGAAGGUUGUGAGAGAUCAUUGCAGAUGAGAGAUGUGCGUGUCUGUUUGGUUGAAGAGUUCCAUGGCCAGGAGUGCAAGAUAGUACUGUUAUCUACAGUGCACGAGGAUGUUUCAAGACCACACACUGCAGAGUAUAUCAGCAUGAUGCUGACACGUGCACAAGAGGGUUUGUAUGUCAUUGGCAACCUGCAGCAGCUCACAAAAAGCAGCACUGUCUGGAGUGCAGUUCAGAAAUCACUGGAGAAGCAUGGUGUAGUUGGGACGGAGGUGCUUCUGAGGUGUCAGGUGCAUCAGGAUAAGCUGAUAGCAGUAUCUAGUGUGGCUGACUUCUCACAGAACCGUGAGGGGGGUUGCAUCCUUCCAUGUAACCGCACACUGAAGUCUGGUGACUCAUGCAAGAAGCAGUCACAUGAGUGGUCAGCAGAGUGACUUGCAGCAGUGCAAGCAGCACUAGCAGAGAGAACCUUGUUGCCAACCAUGCAAAAGGGAAUUUGAGUCUGUGGAUUGAGUUCUGUCAUGUGGGCAAAAGGUUGAGCCAGGAGGUUCACAGGUUCCAGGUUCGAUGCUGUGAUGGAGGAGAGACAUACUGGACACUGUUGCCAAUUGUUUUGAAUGUGCGAAUACUUUUUGUCUGUUCUCAGAGCUUGCGCUCAAAUUGGGUCCAUAUUCAGCUUUUAAGCUUCAGGUUUAGAAAAUUUGUGUAUUAGCACUUCCUUGGUGGAUGUGAAAAACCCAUCUCCUUUCUGUCAAAAUUGAUUCUUAUGUAAUUUUGAUGUAGAAGCUUCUUAAUUUCCAGGAUAUAAAAGUUAUUUUAUGAAUAUACCUAUGAAUCAGUUUAGGUAAUGAUUACAAACAGUUUGCUUUUGAAGAUAUUGUAAUGUGUUGCCUUUGUGACACGACACAAAUAAAUUGCUUGGGUCUUCGGAUUGGAACAGAUUCUUUUCAGAUUUCAUUUUCCAUGGAGUCUGUUUAAGAGAAAAAUUAGAUAGGCUCAUAGCAUGACCAUGUUGUAUUUCGAGUCCAUGUGUCUGAACAUUUAAACGAGAUGACCGACUUUUGUCGCAUGGUAUGGGCUUCAUGCCAUUAGAUACUAACCGACAUUCAAAUUUUUUAAUUGCCUGCAAUCAGCAGUAACAAAGAACUGACACAGUACCUUAUGAUAUGGGAGUGAUGCUACCACUAGUGAAAAUGUGUACUGUAGCAGACCUUUAAAAAUAUAGAAGCCCAUUUGAUGUUUUCCUUUGAAGAAUGCCAAAGAAACAAUAUGAAAAUACAAUUAUUCUGACAUUUCUUAUAUCAGGCCUUAUUUUAGUAGUUAUUUUUUUAUAUUUGCCCAAUUUUGAAUGAGUUUACCAUGUGAAAAUUGUCUUUAGUUUUCAGCUUGAUAACAAUAGCUGACUGAUAACUUAAGUGAGUUCUGUAAAUUCUAUAAUAAAGGUAAUUUUUCUAUAGCUUCUUA